GCAGGCAAGGCCUCUCACCACAUAGCGCCUGCAGCCGGGGCUCAACCUCACUCAAGAGCCUUCCCUCCCUCGGGGCUAACACUCCCCCUUCAGACAAGAUCCUGACCUAAGGACUUGUAACGGCCAAGCCAAAGCCCAGAGAUGGAAGCAGACAAGGUCACAGAAGAGCCUCAUACCACCAUGGAUGCAGAGGAGCACCCCUCUUCAAAGAACCCCUCUGCCAAGGAUUCACAGGAGCCCCCUAUCCCUGAAACCCCUUUGGAGCCUUCCAUCUCUGAGACUCCUUUAGAGACCCAUACCUCUGAAACCCUUUUGGAGCCCUCCAUCUCUGAGACCUCUUUAACCUACUCUGUCUCUGAGAUCCCCUUGGAGACCCCUAUCCCUGAGACCCCACUGGAGACUCACUUCUCUAAGGUCCCAGAGAAACACCUUACUUUUCAUACCUUAUCAGUAGGCCAUGUCCCUGUGUCUUCCUCUGAUGCUCUGAAGGAAGACCUCUUCUCCGAGUCUUCCUCCAGUGAGGUCUUGUGGACAAAAAGGUCCAUCCAGACCUCUGAAUCUGAGAUCCUUCAAAAGGACUCCCGUUCAGGCCCUUCAACCCAGGUCCACUUGGACAGAGUAGAGAAGAGGGAAGAGGAAGGAGAGGAUAAGGAGGGAGUGGAUGCCACUGACAGCACUGCUCACACAGCUCAGCCUGCGCACCUACUGGGCAAGAAGAAGGGGAAGAAAGGAGUUAGCCGUAAUUGCUCCUGCCCUGUUCCAUGUUCUCAUCACUGUCUCUCACCUGCCCCAGGGGGACUGGGUUACUCUUUGACCUGGCCCCUUCUCUUAGUUUUAGGCCUCCUUACUUCCCCUAGGUUACUCAGCCCUCCCUUCCCAGGGUACACAGUCCACCCAGUGGUCCCUGCUAAGCAGGCAGAGUUGGCAGAAGUUGCUAAGGCAAUGCACAGAGAGAAGUUUGGUGCACAGGUGAAUCAUCUUUUCCAGUGGGAGAAGAAUGCAGCCCUGAAUGCCAUCCAGACAGGCCUCUACAUUGGCUGGCGCUGCCCCCAUUAUCUAUGGGACUGUUUUCGGAUUGGGGAUGAGUCCAAGUGCUUUUGUGGACACUUGUUGAGAGAGCACCAGAUCAUUUCAGACAUAUCCGUGCCCUGCAAUGUGGGCCAGUGCCGCUGCCUCAUGUUCUGUUUUAUCCCAUCAUGCCCAGAGGAGGUGGGUGAGUUCUGGCUCAAAAGACGGGCCACUUUUGACCCCAAGGCCUGGAGAGCCCAAUGUCGCUGUAAACACAGCCACGAAGACCACGCAGCUACCAGGUCCCAUCCCUGUAGGGUUAAAGGCUGUUGCUGCAACUUCUUUGAGUCUAAUUUCCUCUGUGCGGCCUGUGACCGGUGCUGGGAGGAACACGAGACUUUCUUUGAGACUAAGGAAACCCGGCGACAAGGAGGGAGGCCUCACGGAACAGACACUGUCAACACCUGGCACAGGCCUCUGUGAGCCUGGCCCAGAUCAGCAAUAAAAGGGAAGCCGCUGGGAUCUGACCUGGCUCUGUAUGGGGCAGAUAGGGCCCAGCCCAGGGAUAGACACUCCAGGACAUUCAAGUCAGCACCUACUGGGGGCGAGGGAGAGCACCACACAGGAGAGAGGCUGGAUCCAGCCAUCUGCCUCCACCACACCCACAUUCAGCCUGCCAGCUCUGGCAUCAGAAGGAGAGAGUGGCUUCAAGGGAGCCAAGGAGGGAGGGGUUUUCAAGAAGGAUAGAGUGAGCAGUGAUGUUAGAUGCACCUGGGGGCUCCAGUAAGAUAAAGACUGGAAAGUGUCCAUUGGAUUUUGCAAUUAGAAGGCCUUUGGGGACGUCAGAGAGUGUGGUUUCAGUGGUGCAGUGGAGGCAGAAACCAAACAGCAGUGAACUUGAAGGAGUUUCUUUAAGAAGCUUGGAUAAAAAGAGCAGGAGAGAAGUCAGACAAUUUCCAGAGGGCGAUGUGGAGUCAAGGAAGCAUUUUUUUAGGAAGGAAAAGGGGAAGGGGCCAGUAGAGAAAAAUACCUUGAAGGAUACAGAAGAGAAAGAGAGAUGCCUGGUGAGACAAGACCCCAGAGAUGGAGGGAGAGGAUGAGGUCCACGCAAAGGUGAAGGGUUUCGCUGUGCACAGGAGAAACACCAUUUCCUAAGACCAAGAGGAAGGAAGGAAGAAAGAAUGGGGCCUUUAUGGAGCUGCAGGGAGCGGGAUCUUGUGGAAGUUCCCCUGUGAAGUAGGAGACAAGGUCAGUUGCUGGUGAGGGAGGAAAGGGAUAAGAGUGGGGAAUAGGAGACAGGAAGAGAGGGGUGAAGGUUUGGGAAGACUAAUGUGGGGAACUGGAGAAAAACCUGAUCAGUGGGUAGUGGAGGAUUCAGGUACAGUUGGAAGCAGGAACGCAGAGAAGCA